AUAUAAAUUGAAGCCACUAGUAGGCUAUAAAGUUAUUUGCUAUGGGUUGUUCUGACUUCGUUGAUUCACAUAAGUAUUCUUGCAUCACAUUAGUUCUUAAGAACUAUAUUAGGAGACUUUUUAAAAUACAUGUAAUAUACAUUGAUUGCAUGAGCAGAUUGAUGUCAGUGAAAUCAUUACAUCAUGAAAGAUAGGAGUAGAGACUCACCAAAUCUUACAUCAUAAAAAAUUUCAAAUUUCACCUAUUAAAAUAAAAAUGGAAGAUAAAAUUAUACACAGUUUGGGGUGAGUUUGCUAUGUGUAGUAUUUUAAAAUUUUACUUAAUGCUGAGCUAUUUUCAAGCAGCCUUUUGAGGUUGAUCAUGACCUCAUGCAAGAACCAUCUGUUCUAUCUUUGAGUGUAGUUGUACUUGAAUAUCUUAAAAGUUGUUGCAUUCUGUCCCCUUUGGGAACUUUAAAUGCUUUUACAGUCUUACCAUUGCUACUUAAUAUCACUUCAAAGGAAGGGCUGGUGCAAAGAAAGUGACAAGGAAUGGGAAAUAAUUGAUGGUGGAAGUAGACAUUUUAGAUUAAGUGCAUCCUUAAAACAUGUUAUGGGGAGUUCCCUGGUGGCCUAGUAGUUAGGGUUCUGGGCUUUCACUGCCAUGGCCCAGGUUCAGCCCUUGAGUGGAAAACUGAGAUCCCACAAGCCACACAGCACAGCCAAAAAAACCAAACACACACAUGGUGUAAUUUUUCAUAAGAUAUUUCACAUAAUUUUACCCUUUUAGAACUAUUGAGGUAUUUGUUUAAUAUUCUGCUUUUACAAGUGAUUUUCAAAAGGAGCACAAAGACCUUAGGUUGUAGAUCUAUUGAAGAUAAUCCUAAAAUAGUAUUUUAAAAGAAUGUAUUACAUUUAGAAUGCUUUGUAAUUUUACAUUAAUAUUUUUUGCAUUUUACAACUGACUGUAAGAUAGCACCAUAAAUGAAGUAAAUUAACUGGUAACAAACAAGUUAUGUCACCCUUAAGGAAAUUCACUAUCCAUUACCAGACAGAUGAAGAUUUUUAAAUAUGUUUCAGAUUUUUAAAUAAUAUCAUUGUGGCUUCUAUGGGAACGCUGAUUGCGCGGGUGGCAAAAAGUAGAAGCAGAGAGGCCAGUUAGCAGACUUCAGGCACUAGAAGAGUAUCUUUAGAAACGGGGAUUUAGGAUGUGUUUUGGAGACGGGACUUGUUGAUCAAGUUGCUGUUAGAGAGUGAAGUAAAGAGAACAAUCAAGAAUGACUGCUAGGUUUUUGGCCUAAGCAACUGGAUAUUUGGCAAUGACUAGGGAUAGAACAGUUUUGAGGAGAGAUGGUGGAAUCAAGAAUUAGAUGCAUAUUAUGCAUCCAUGUAAAGUAGGAGAUUAGAUGUUCUUAUCAAGAAUUCGGAGAAGUUGUCACAUGAUGAGGGAUAAAUAUUAAAGAGGGAAAGUGAAGAGAAGUUUCUUCAUUAUAGAGUAUUCAAAGGAGACUCACCUCUCUGACUCUGAAAAUAAUCUUCCUGUGAGUCUUUCUGUUAACUUUCUAGUUCUCAUGCCUGCCACCAAUCCUUUAAAUAGUGUUGCUUGGCAUAGUUCUAAUCCAUUAUUUUUUAGUUAAGACUAUAUAAAGUCUUGCAGUUAUUCAAGAAGAUCUAAUGGAAAUUCAUUAACGGUGUUCUUGAUUCAUUCCGAAGAGCUGACCAGUGGAAGAAAUAAGAAUACUCUAUUAUUUAUGAAUCACCCCACAGUAGCUCAAAAUACACUGUUUGAAUUUCUAUUCUGAGCUUCUAUGUCUUUUAACAAUCUUUUGAAAAGGGUGCCUCAAAUAACAGCAGAUAAUCACCAGGAUGGGAGUGAAUGACUUGUGGCAGAUUCUGGAGCCUGUUAAACAACACGUCCACUUGCACAGUCUUGGUGGGAAAACCAUUGCGGUUGAUCUGAGUCUCUGGGUAUGUGAAGCACAGACAGUCAAAAAAAUGAUUGGAACGGUCAUGAAGCCCCACCUCAGGAACCUAUUUUUUCGUAUCUCAUAUUUAACGCUAAUGGAUGUAAAACUGGUGUUCGUUAUGGAAGGGGAACCCCCAAAGCUGAAAGCUGAUGUCAUAAGUAAGAGGAAUCAGAUUCGAUAUGGACCUUCGGCAAAAACAUGGUCUCAGAAAACAGGGAGAUCACACUUUAACUCAGUCUUAAAGGAGUGUCUUGAUAUGCUGGAAUGCUUAGGAAUUCCCUGGGUCCAAGCUGCUGGGGAAGCUGAAGCCAUGUGUGCUUACCUCAAUGCCAGUGGUUAUGUAGAUGGCUGCCUCACCAAUGAUGGAGAUGCUUUCCUUUAUGGGGCCCAAACUGUUUAUAGAAAUUUCACUAUGAAUACCAAGGACCCACAUGUUGACUGUUAUACAAUGUCAUACAUCAAGAGUAAACUAGGUUUGGAUAGAAAUGCUCUGGUUGGGCUAGCAAUACUACUUGGCUGUGAUUAUCUUCCAAAGGGAGUCCCUGGAGUUGGAAAAGAGCAAGCAUUAAAACUUAUAAAGAUUUUGAAAGGACAAAGUUUACUUCAGAGGUUUAAUCAGUGGAAUGAAAAAUUUUGUUACUCUAAUUCACAGCCAGCAGUUGUUAGCAAACUGGCUCAUUGCUCUGUAUGUUCCCAUCCAGGUUCACCUAAGGAUCAUGAACGUAAUGGAUGCAAAUUAUGUAAAACUGAUCGAUAUUGUGAGCCACAUGAUUAUGAAUACUGUUGUCCUUGUGAGUGGCACCGAACAGAACAUGAGAGACAACUAAAUGCAGUAGAAAACAGUAUUAAGAAGAAAGCUUGCAGUUGUCAGGGAUUCCCAUUCCAUGAGGUUAUUCAAGAAUUCCUUUUGAACAAGGAUAAAUUGGUGACGGCAAUCAGGUACCAAAGACCUGAUUUAUUAUUGUUUCAGAGAUUUGCUCUUGAAAAAAUGGAGUGGCCCAGUCACUAUGCAUGUGAGAAAUUGUUGGUACUGUUGACCCACUAUGACAUGAUAGAAAGAAAGCUCGGUAGAAGGAACUCUAAUCAACUACAGCCACUUCGAAUUGUUAAAAACCGAAUCAGAAAUGGAGUUCAUUGCUUUGAAAUAGAAUGGGAAAAGCCUGAACAUUACUCUAUAGAAGAUAAACCUGGAGAAUUGGUUUUACAAACAGUAGAAGAAGAAUCAUUGUUUGAAGCAGCUUAUCCUGAGAUUGUUGCUGUUUACCAAAAACAAAAGUCAGAAAUUAAAGGCAAGAAACAAAAAAGCGUGAAAACUAAGUCUAAAGGAAACAGUUUGCCAGAAUCAGAUGAUAUGAUGACUUUUCAAUCACACAUGACUUUAAAACCCACACGUGAAAUCUUUUCUAAGCAGAAUUCCAAGUUAAAUUUGGAAAUUUCCCCUGAUUCUACAUUACCGCAGGAAUCUACUGUGUCAUUGAAUACCUUGCUUUUACCUGAAGAUGCUCCCUGUUUGAAUACACAAGAACAGUUAAUAUCUUCUCCAAGACCUUUGGCUGUGCAGCAAAUUAAAGCUAUCAGUAAGUCUCUGAUUACAGAAUCUAGUCAACCCAGUACCUCAUCCCAUAAUAUAUCUGCAAUUGCUGAUCUGCACUUGAGCACCAUUGACUGGGAAGGUACUUCUUUUAGUAAUUCUUCAGCUGUCCCAGGGAACACUUUUGCUCAUGGUGUAAAAUCGGAACUUGAAACAGCUAUCCCUGAUAGCUUUAAAAAUAUUACAGAGCAAUUGUCAUGUGAAUCAGAAUGGUGCACUACAAGCAUUAAUAAACGGUUCGAUUGGGAUCUUCGAAAGACUGAUCCUGAAGAGCACCUGCUUUCUGGCAUUACUGAUUUACAUCUUCCGGAUUUACCUUUAAAGGAACGAAUACAUAUAAAAUCAUCAUAUCCUCAGAAUAAUGUACAACCAGAUGAUGAUCUGAAAACAUUGUCCCUACUUACUGUACGAGAACACUGUAUUGCUAAUAGUAGCUCUGAGUGUCUAUCACAUCUUUCAAAAGAUUUUCUAGGAAUUCAUUUGCAAAAUGAAUCUAGAAACUGUAAAGUCCUAAAAGGAAACCAGCUGUUUCCAGAAAACUAUAAAGCAAAUACUUCUAUACCUUAUUCUGUCAAUAACCCAAUAGUAAAGACCUCCAGUGUUAGAACUGGACCACCAAAUACUGCUUUAGAUUAUAGUAGAAAAGUUGAUGGGCAAACCACUCGGAAAACUGUAAUGAAGAAGAGUGUUUGCCUUGACAAACAUUCCUCUGGUGAAGAAAUUAUCCCAGAGCCUGGGAAAGCUAAGUCCACAGCUCAAAAAAUGAAGCAGAAUUCUCAGAAACAUAGCGCAGCCCAGUUCAAAAGCAAUGAUGCCAACAAAUUGAGUAACCCUAAAGCACAUAUUAAAGAAACUGAACAGUGUGUCCAGCGUUAUAAAACAGCUGGAAAUGAAGAAACCUGUUUCCAAGAUGCAGCAAAAGGGUCUCUGAGUUUUCUACAGUGUCAUAAGGAAAAAGACGUCUCUGGUACCUGUUCGGAUAGUCCUCUUCCUUUAAGUCAGAGAUUAAAACUAAGGUUCCAAAACACCUGAAAUUCAAUUUAAAAUAUUCAAGUAUAACUUAGUAUUCUAGUACUGUUGGCAUUAGCAGAAGCAGAAGGAAGGUAUCUAGUUAAUGUAUAGUAGAAAAAUUUAACGUGAUUCUAUAUGUUGUGAGACACUUGACAUUUUAACCAAAACUGUAAUAAGAAAUGUUACCUAAAACUUUGGUUUUAAAAGGCGAUUCUCUGCAGUGAAAACUUCAGAUAAUGUAUAUUUUUAUAACAUACUUUUUUCAUUAAAAAAAUAUCUUUAUUGAUUAUUCUUAAGUUAUAUCCUUAAAAUGUUAGUAUACUACUAGACAGAGUAAAUGCUCCAUUCAUUUGCUCAUUUUUACUCAUUUCUUCCACAAGCCCCUAAAGCAUUUUUUGAUAUUCCAGCUUGUUCCCAAGGGAUAACUCUUUAUAAUUGCCUGCAUUCUCACAACAUCUUCUGUUGUGCCUUUCUGAGAGUUAUAUUUGCUUUCAAUGUGAAGAUACUUUCAGCUGCUCUUCCAGUUUCAGUAAUCUUAUUCUCUUUUGUGAGGGACAAAAAAAAAAAAUGGAAAAGGAGGAUGAUGAUCAAUAUAUAUAGUGAAAAUCAUGGUUGUGGUAGCUGAAUAAACUGAGGAAAUCUACUUCUUACAUAUCCCCAGAAGUCCACAGGUAUGCCAAGUGGAAAAAGAUUUGGAAAAUAGAAUGUAUAACCAGAAGAGGAUUAGGAACUUGCUCAGGGUCAUACACGUAAUUAAUAGUGGUAUGGGAACCAGAUUUCUUGCCUCUCAAUUCAUUGCUUUUUCUGUUAAAAUUUUUCUUCGAUAGCACUUUUUUCUUCCCCUUUUGUUUUAACAGUGCAUCUAUACAAUAUCAACUACAGCACCUCCAAAUAUUAAGCUAUUCAUUUAUUUAUUUAGCAUUCAAAAAGUCUAGAGGGAACCAGAUUGGAAAGAUAAAAGUAAAACCGUUGCUACUUGCAGAUGACAAGAUCUUGUGUUUAUGAAAUUCUGAGGAAUUCACUAAAAACUAUUAGAACUGAUAAAUGAGUUCAGCAAGGUUGCAGGAUACAGGAUCAAUAUAUAAACAUCAGUUGUAUUUCUAUACCCUUCUAAUGAAUAAUACUAAAUGAAAUUAAGGAAUUCUUUUUACAACAACAACAAAAAGAAUAAAAUACUUUGGAAUAAAUUUAACAAUAGAAGUACAAAAUUUUUACUCUGAAAACUAAUAACAUAUCAUCGAAAGAAAUGAAAGAAAACCUAAAUAAAUGAAAAGACAUCCCAUGUUCGUGGAUCAGAAGACUUAAUAUUAAGAUGACAAUACUCCCCAAACUACUUUGCAUAUUCAAUGCAAUCCCCAUCAAUUCUGGCUGAUUUCUUUGCAGAAACCAAUAAGCUGAUUCUAAAAUAUAUACGGAAAAUUAAGGGAUACAGAAUAGGCAAAACGAUCCUUAAAAAAAAAAAAAGAAAUGGCAGGACAGGACUUGCCCUUCCUGAUUCUGAUUUCAAAACUUACCACAAAGCUACAGUAAUGAAGAAUGUGUUGAAUGGCGUAAAGGUAGACAUAUAGAUCAGUGGGAUAGAACUGAAGGUCCAGAAAUAUGUCCUCACACUUACGUUCAGUUGAUUUUCAACCAGAGUGCCAGGACAAUUCAAUCGGGAAACAAUAGUCUUUGAGCAAAUUCUACUGGUACAACUGAAUAUCCACAUGCAAAAGAAUGAAGUUUGAUCUCGACCUCAUACAAUAUAAAAAAACACACAAAAAUGGGUCAAAGACCUAAAUGUCAGAUCUAAAACUAUAAAACUCUUAGAAGAAGACAUUGACGUAAAUCUUUGUGACUUUGACUUAGGCAAGGGUUUCUUAGAUACGACACCAAAAGCUCAGGCAGCAAGAAAAAAUAAAUUGAACUUCAUCAAAACCAGAAACAUUUGUGUUUCAGGGGACAUCAUCAAGAAAAUGAAGAGACAACCCACAAAAUGGGAGAAACUAUUUGCAAAUCAUAAAUGUAAUAAAGGGGCUUAUAUCUAGAGGGACUCAUAUAAAGAACACUUACAACUCAAUAAUAAAAAGACAAAAGUGGGUAAGAUAUCUGAAUAGAUAUUUCUUCAAAGAAGACAUACAAAUGGCCAACAAGUGGAUGAAAACAUUCUCAACAUAAUUAGUCAUCAGAAAAAUGCAAAUCAAAACCACAAAGGAUGCCACUUCACAACAAAUAAAAUGGCUAGAAUAAAAAAAAAGUGUUUGGUGAGGAUGUGAAGAAAUUGGAACCCUCAUAAUCUGUUGGUAGGAAUGUAAAAUGGGUCAGCCACUAUGGAAAAAGACUGUUGGUUCCUCACAUGGUUAAACAUACUUACCAUAUGAUCCAGCAAAUCCACUCCCAGGUGUAUACCCAAGAGAAAUGAAGACACACCCACACAAAAACUUGUAAACAAAUGUCCAUAGUGGCAUUAUUCACAAUCGCCUAAAAGUGGAAACAACUCAAAUGCCCAUCAACUGAUGAAUGGAUAUACAAAAUGUGGCAUUUCAAUACAACGAAAUAUUGGCAAUAAUAAGAAGUGAAGUGCUGAUACAUAUUACAAUGUGAAGUUUGAAAACAUGCUAUGUGAAAGAGACCAAUCACAAAAGACCAUGUAUUAUAUGAUUCAGUUUGUAUAAAGUGUUCCAAGUAGGCAAAUCUGUAAUAUAUAGAAACACAAAGUAGACUCAUGGUUGCCAAAGGCUGGCAGGGAGGGGAGGUUGAGGAAGGAGAAGGGAAAUAACUGCUUGCAAGAUGGGUUUUGGGGGGAGUGGGUGAUGAUGAAGAUGUUCUAGAAUUGAUUGUGAAAGUUUGAAUAUACUAAAAUCAUCGAAUUCUCCAAUUUAAAUAGAUAAAUUCUGUGGUAUGUGAAUUAUAUCACAAUAAAGCUAUUUUAAAAACAAAAAUUGUGGAGAGUUUUACCUGUCCAAACUAUUUAAUAUCUAAAAUGUAUAUAGUCUAACCUCACUGGCAUAUAUGCACUGCCAUCAUUAUUGUCUAGAUUUGAAAAUAAGUCCAGAAAAGUGAAGAGAUUUAUUUUCCCAAGACUGGAGAUGGAAUUGUGUUUAUUUAUCUAGUACUUAUUUCAUUAUGCCAUGUUGUAAAAUUAGGAUCAAAUUUGGAAUACAUUUGAAGUUUUGUGCUUUUCUGAAGUUAUGAUUUUGGGUGUUUUUUUGAAAAUUCUACUAAAAAUAUAUAAAAUACUUUGAAUCAAGUGUAACAUUGUUUUAGAAAAGUGUCAUGUCUGCAGAGCACUUAAUAUAUAUAAAAUCUUACUGGGCAAGGAGAGUACUAAAUAAAGGCAGUCAGUCCACUGCUCUCAAGAAACCCACCUAUUCUAGCUGAACUGAUAUGUUUUCUAAAACCUAGUGAUUUUUUGUAUUGAUAUAAGUGUAUACCUUUGAACAACGUGGAGGAUUAGGGGCACCAACCCUUACUCCCCACACUGCACAGUCAAAAAUCCUUACAGAGCUUUACAGUCGGUCCUCCGUAAUUGCAGUUACACAUCCCAGACUCAACCAUCCACAGAUCAUGUAGUACUGUAGUAUUUAUUUAUUGAAAAGCAUUUCGCCUAAGAGUGGACCUGCGCAGUUCAAACCUGUGUUGUUCAAGGGUCAACUGUAUUUACUUUUAAGGUAAUACUUCUGUGUGGUUAAUUAAAAAGGUGAAACAGUACAAAAAUACAGAGAGUGAAAAAGUCAAUCUAUCUUUAAUGCUCAGACUCCAAUUCGUGCAUCUAGAGGCAAACACAGUUUCUAAUGUCUUGUAGAUCCUUCCAGAGGUGUUCUGUACCAACAUAUUAAUGUAUCUUAGAAAUUUCCCAUGUCAAUAAAUACGAUGUCUCACUCUUUAAUGACAUCAAUAUCCCUACGUGUGUAUCUGCGCAGAUGCCUAGAGCUAUACGGUAGAUGUGAAUGUCAUGUUUGAUUUUAACUGUUGAUAAAUGUACAAUUGAAACAUUUUUAAAUCUCUAGGGCUAACUAAACUAUUGAAAUUCAGAUAUGUGAACUAAAUCAUAUGAAUGCUUUUAAAACUCAUAUUUGACUUUGCUGUAAGCUUCCUCUUUUAAAAUUUUCCCAUAUGCCCUUAAAUAGUUAAGCAUAAUUGUAAAUGACAUGAAUUUACACAUGAAAAUAAUAAAUUUACUUUGAAGACCUGACGUUAGAAAAAGCUGACAGUAUGGCUACCAAGAGCGUUAUUUCUGUGGUAAAAUCACAUUUUAGAAUUUGACCAGUUUUGAACUAGUACCACAUAUUUUUAGUAAUCUCAAUUUUAAGGGCCCAUGUAAUGUAAGUUUUUAAUUUUCCAAGGUAUCAUGCUUUUGACAUAAA